UGUAACGUCAGUGUCGGAAACGCUGUCAGACAGGAACAUCGCACGUGUUGGAGGGAGCUAAAGGGAGAACAUGAGCGCAAGCUCGUGCUGACAGCGAUUAAAUAAACGUCCGCACCGACACUUUCUGUCCAGUGUGUAACCGGUAACACACUCACACGGCGGCGUUCAUCCGCGCGGAGCGGGACGAUAGUCGGACGGUGAAGUGGGCGAGCAGGAGAGCGACCCACACGGUGAAGGAAGAAAGUUCUCGGUGUCUGUCCGUGGGCCUGUGUGUGUGCUGUGUGUUUUUGUAUUAGCUGAUUGUUUUCGCAGCUUGUUAAGUUGGUUUAUAAUUAGUUAAGACCGAACAGAGGACUUGUGGGGGUUAUUUCGACGUCAUGGCGGACUACCUGAUCAGCGGGCAGACCGGUUACGUCCCCGAGGACGGGCUGACGGCACAGCAGCUGCUCAACGGAGGAGACGGGCUCACGUACAACGACUUUCUUAUUCUGCCAGGUUACAUCGACUUCACAUCAGAUCAAGUGGACCUGACAUCAGCACUCACCAAACAAAUCACCAUGAAGACCCCCUUCAUCUCCUCCCCCAUGGACACCGUCACAGAGGCCAACAUGGCCAUCGCUAUGGCACUAACUGGAGGCAUCGGCUUCAUCCACCACAACUGCACUCCAGAGUUCCAGGCCAAUGAAGUCCGCAAAGUCAAGCGUUAUGAGCAGGGCUUCAUCACAGACCCCGUGGUGAUGAGCCCCAACGAGUGCGUACAGGACGUCUUCCAGGCUAAGGCUCGCCACGGCUUUUGCGGCAUUCCCAUCACAGACAACGGCAAAAUGGGCGGCAAGCUGGUGGGUAUAAUUUCUUCCAGAGACAUCGACUUCCUGAAGGAGGAGGACCACAACCUGCCACUCAGUGAGGUGAUGACAAAGCAAGAGGAUCUAGUGGUUGCCCCCGCUGGAGUAACGCUGAAAGAAGCCAAUGAAAUCCUCCAGAGGAGUAAGAAAGGUAAACUGCCCAUCGUGAACGAAGAGGGAUCCCUGGUGGCCAUCAUCGCCCGCACAGACCUGAAAAAAAACAGAGACUUCCCUCUGGCCUCCAAAGAUUCCCGUAAACAACUACUGUGUGGCGCCGCCAUCGGCACCCACAAUGAUGACAAGUACCGACUGGAUCUGCUGGUGCAGAGCGGGGUGGACGUGGUUGUACUGGACUCGUCUCAGGGCAACUCAAUCUUCCAGAUCAACAUGAUCAAAUAUAUCAAAGAAAAGUACCCCCACCUACAGGUCAUCGGAGGCAAUGUGGUGACCGCAGCUCAGGCCAAGAACCUGAUCGAUGCAGGGGUGGAUGCACUGAGAGUGGGGAUGGGCAGCGGCUCCAUCUGCAUCACACAGGAAGCUCCCCCCAGUGUACCACCAGCAAUAAAGCUCCACAGUCCCAAAACCCCAACUACUGUUACGGGAUACAGCAUGCUGGCGUGCGGCAGACCCCAGGCCACAGCUGUCUAUAAGGUAUCAGAGUACGCCCGGCGUUUCGGUGUGCCGGUAAUCGCUGACGGCGGCAUCCAGACUGUCGGGCACAUUGCCAAAGCCCUGUCACUGGGAGCAUCCACAGUGAUGAUGGGUUCUCUGCUGGCCGCCACCAGUGAAGCUCCUGGUGAAUAUUUCUUCUCUGAUGGCAUCAGGCUGAAGAAGUACCGUGGCAUGGGCUCCUUGGAUGCCAUGGACAAAAACCUGGGCUCCCAGACCAGAUACUUCAGUGAGAGUGACAAGAUUAAAGUUGCGCAGGGUGUUUCUGGAGCCGUGCAGGACAAAGGCUCUAUCCACAAGUUCAUUCCCUACCUCCUGGCUGGCAUUCAGCACUCCUGUCAGGACAUCGGGUCCAAGAGCCUCACACAGCUCAGAGCCAUGAUGUACUCUGGAGAUCUGAAAUUUGAAAAGAGAACAACGUCAGCUCAGAUGGAGGGCGGAGUCCACAGCCUGCACAGUUAUGAGAAACGUCUGUUCUGAGAGGAAGCCAGCCGUUCAGCCUGCAGAUGAGGAAUCCUUCCACCAGACACAUUAUGCAAACACACACACACACACAGACUUUAUACAUGCACAACUAACUUCUCAUAGAAGUUCACUCACACUCACACUCACACUCACACACACUCACUCCACUCUAAGGAUCCAUCAGUCUUCCUGCCAGUGUCACCUAUGCAUUGUCUGUGUUAAGUCUAGCUUUUUCUGUCUGAAGGAGGGGAACUAAGCAUUUAUCAAUUACUAAACGUGAGGCUGAAUCCUCCAGUUGACCGGAUCAUGUUGUAUUAAAACAAAAUGUCUUCAGUAUACUGGUGUUCAUUUUAAGGCAAAAGAAAAAAGUUGCCCGAUAAUAAAGUUUGUGUUUUUCCAAAA